AGUAACUUCAGGAUUGCUAAUAUGGAGGCGAGAUUGUGUUACUGUUUGCGUCCGAGAAAAGCAUAAUAAAAGUGAAAUUUUAACACUUGGGCUGUCCCCGGGACAUGGCCAACCUGAACUUCCAGCAGCCACCCCGCAGCAUCACCAGCCAGAGCCUGUCGCGGGGAGGGUUCGGCGGCAGCUCCCUCUCCGGCCAUGUCACGCCCACGUCGGGCCUCUUCCCCGGCUCCUCGUCGUCCGCCUCGUCGGCGGCGGGGGCGGGGGGCGGCGGCCUGGCCGGGUCCUUCGCCCCGCAGCAGCUGUCGCCCAGCCGCAACCUGCCCCCCAUGGCCGGCCGCUCGCUGUUCGGCCAGCGCGCCUUCCCCGACCGCCGGUCCAUCCCAGGCCUGGGGAACUCCACCCCGAUGGGCGGCAUGGGCACGUUCGGCCUGCAGCCGGGCCGGGGGGCGUAUGGCUCGCAGUCUGCCGUCAACAGCUUCCACUCUGUGUUCGCGAGCGGGGACGAGGCGGGGGGUGCUCCGCCAGUCAUCGACCUGUCUGAGUUCCCGUCGCUGACGAGCAGGGAGCAGGGUGACGCGGUGCCGCAGCCGGGCCCCAUGCCGGGCAAGCAGCCAUACGACGGCUUGUCGAAGGCGAGGAACCUUUGCGCGGCUGUUGCAGUGGGCAUGGUGAAGCAGCCGACGGCCGAGUCAAGCGAGUUCACCAUGAGCUCGGAGGACUUCCCCGCCCUGCCCGGCACCCAGGGUGCUGCGGCAGGGGCGGGGGGAGGAGGUGGGGGCCCCUCGCCUGGCGGGGUGGGGAGCCUCCCCUCCGGGGAGAAGGGUGCGGGGGGCGUUCCCGACCUUGGGCAGGAGGCCCCUCCCGCCAAUCGGGCGCCCGGGGCCGAGAAGUCCCAGGCGUCCAAGAGGGGCAUCCAGACAUCCCCCGAUGGCAAGGUGACCAACAUACCGGGCAGCAUGGUAAAGGACCAGUUCGGCAUGGUCGGCCUGCUGACGUUCAUCCGGGCGGCGGAGACGGACCCGAACCUUGUGUCCCUGGCGCUGGGCCAGGACCUGACGGCCCUCGGCCUCAACCUCAACUCGCCGGAGAACCUCUACCCCACGUUCGCUGGGCCGUGGGCGGAGAACCCCUGCCGGCCGCAGGACAUAGAGUUCCCCGUGCCGCCGGAGUACCUCGUCAACAGCAACAUCAGGGACAAGCUGUACCAUGUAAAGCUAAACCGGUACAAGGAGGACUUGCUGUUCUACAUGUUCUACACGAACGUCGGUGAUGUCAUCCAACUUGCAGCGGCGGCAGAGCUGUACAACCGGGACUGGCGGUACCACCUGGAAGAGAAGGUGUGGAUCACGCAAGUGUCUGGCAUGGCCAUCGUGGAGAAGACGACGACGUACGAGCGAGGCACCUACUACUUCUUCGACGCGCAGAACUGGCGCAAGGUCGCCAAGGACUUCCACUUGGAGUACAGCAAGCUGGAGGGGCGGCCACACAUCCCGCCCGCGGCGGCGGGAGUGGGCAACCCCUCUGCUUCGUCGGCCGGCGCCCCCUCGUCCGCCCCCGCCGCCCUUCACCCCGCGCCAUGACCGCCGCGAUGCCGCCCUCUCCGUCACCACGCACUUGUAGGGCCCGGGUAGUUGCGCAAAGGAGGCAGAGAGGGGAAAAGGGAGGGGGGUAAAAUAAACCUAACCUAUUUUUCAACUGUGAGUGAACAAAUUUUAAGGUUUUCCUGGCGCAAUCAAGAAGUUGAUCACAGGAAAAAAGAUCUACAAAAUAAUAAACUUUACGUAUUUUUAAAACGUUAACGGCACAAGCGAAGUUUUGUGGGAAAAGCAAAUCUUGUGACGUUAAGUUUACGUAACCUUCAACCUUGCCGAACGUGAAAAUUUUGCGCUUUGUAGUGAGCUGCUGCCGUGAGUCGUAUUUCUGGCAGAUACAGAGGAAGUGAAUUGCGCUCGCGUCACGUGGGAUCCAGACGUUAUCAGACAUCCGGAAAACAUUGACGAAAUGUUGUGAUGUGUUGUUGCGGGCACGUGGUUUGUGCAGACUAGCAAUAUGGCGCCGGCACGUGUGUUAAUUAUUUUUUAGUGGGAGGGAAAUGUGACAACUUUAUUUCUUAACAUUUUGGGGGGAAAGUAAUUGCUUGAUUUGUUAACAUUUUUGAAUGACUUGCAGAAAAUAUCAUAUCUUUGUUUAAAAUAAUUUGUACAGUAAAAUCUCAACACAAAUUACCUCGUUUCAAAGUAAUAUUCACUUUAAAAGUUAGUUAUUUUGAAUCCAUAUGAAAAGUGUAAGUUUUACCAUGUUUCAGUUUCAUUUUAAUGUACUUUAUUUUUUAAGUAUUGAAACUGAGGCUUAAAUGAAGUAAUUUGGAAUGAGAGUUUUGCUAAGUCAAAUUCAUGGAUGCAUUAAAGGAGUUGUUUUGCUAAUUGGCUUUACUCUUUGAGAGGAAACUGACUUUCCUGGAAUGUGCUUGUGGUUCAAACAAGUGCCUCCUCCCCCACUCCCUCAUUCCCCUUCCAAAGUUACAAACUCAUUCUGCUACUUUUUUGAUUUCCAUAUCACUAAUAACUCAAUUUUUUGCCUCCCCCCGGUGCUGUAAAUUAUUCGUCGGUGCGUUUCCGUGAACCCGACUUGAGACGAAAAUAGUCUCUGUGAUCUCUGUGCGAGGGCAAGCUUGUCUGUGAUCUACCUCCCGUGUCCCUCCCUCCCUUCCCCGGUGGAACGUUGGUCGAUUGGUCGUGACCUAGAGGCCAUUGCAAGUGGUUCGUUGGCAUCGAGUCUAAAUGUGGGCGAGUGCGUCGCCGUUAUCCCGUGGCCGUCGCAGAAAUUACUUUAUUGCAGUUUUUUUUUUUAUUAAUUUCUUGUGGACUGAACCUGCUAGUCCUGUACAAAAAACUCAUUCCUCCUUUUUUGGUCAGUGGACGUCAGGACCAAAACAAUGAUUUUUAAAAUAAAAAAGGUUUAAUAAAUGCGUUAAAAAAAAAAAGAAUUUUUAUUUUUAUGUUCAAUAUUGCUAUUGUGUUGUAAUAUUUGUUCUAAGAUCUGUGUUAUGUUGAAUUAUGUCUAAACCAUGUUUCAGCCAUUUGUAUAGAAGUGUGAGAUCAGGGAAUCACAAGAUGUUUACGUAAGAAAUGAUACGUUUGAAGAGAGAAUAAAUUGUCUUUCUUGUACA